AAGGGGAAGUCUGGCUGUGGGAGGUGACGAGGUGCCAGUGCAGGAAUGCUCGCCCAGAACAGUUCGGAUUCCUAGCAGAGGUCACACACACGAUGCUGGCUCUGAGAUACGAAAUAGCACGGCACGGUUCGUUCGCCCACCAGGACAGGAUAUUCUGCCUAAGGAACCUCCGUGGCACCUUCUGCUGCUGAGUGGAUGCUUCUCUACCCUGCCGUAGGACAUGGGCAUCGCAGAAGUGGCUUCCCUGCUUCUGAGAACAGAAGAGACAUUCUCCGCCCGUCUUGCGCGGAUCAACAGCGUCGUCCUCAAGCCCCUCCUCCAGUCAGGCUCCUUUGAGAAUAAGAAGCUUUUCUUACGGCUGAACGACCACUUCCAAGCUCUCUGGGACUUGAUAGAGGAGAGCUGGAGAACGCUGAAGCAGCAUCUUGGCACGCCGGAGUUUACCAGCCCCCGGGAUAUCUACUUGCUCUCGAAAGCUGACUUGUUCCUGGACACCUACAUACAGUACUUUUCCGCUUUUGCAAGCUGUGUUGCCGUCCACGUCUUUGAACAUGCGGCCAGAAAUAAAAGAGAAGUCUGGAAGUUGCACAAGACGGCUCUGCAGCAGCUCCUGCACGAUUUCUCUCCGGACACGUCCGUUGCGAUAGCUCUCCAUGCCGUGUUGCAAAAACCCAUCCGGGAUCAGCUGCAGCAAUACAACCUUGUUCUCUCCAGGCUUAAGGAAGCAACUGACCAGUUCUCAGAGGAGGAAGAAAUCGCUGCUGCCACUGAAAAGUUUGCAAACCUGCGUUCAUUUGUUGGCCAAGUCGUGGAUGAAGCUUGUCUCACCGGAAGGCUGUGGAAGUCCCUGUGCCAUAAAUUCACGGACGAGCUGUGCAUUCCGGAGAGGAGGCUGCUCGAGGACAGUCACAACGUGGCCGUCUCGACCAGCAUAGGAAAGUCUGAUCGCGUCCUGCUCUUCAAUGACAUCCUCGUGUUGAUCCAGGGAAGCAGCUACCAGAGCUUUGAUCUGAAGCUUGUGUGGGUGGAUGGGAGCUCCAACGAGGCGGGAAAGCACACCCUCCGUGUUGGCACACCAGAAGAAGAGUUCUUCCUCUUGGCCAGAGACCCGCAGGCAUGGGCCAUUUGGCAGUGGAAGCUGAAGCGGGCGGUGUGCCAGGCCAUGGACGGGAGGCGAGACUUCCCGCUGUGGGGCAGGGCUGGCGAGGGGAGGGAGCCGCCGCUCUGCCGCUUCUCCACGUUCACGUUCCGGAGCGAGGGACGGCUCAAGGACGCGGCCUACGAAGGAGAAUGGCGCCUGGGCAAGCCGCACGGCAAGGGGACGCUGAUGUGGCCGGAUGGUCGGAACUAUGUUGGAGACUUCGAAGAAGGCUUGGAACAUGGGUUUGGCAUCUGCCUCGUCCCCUGUGCCUCUGAGGACCGCUACGACUGCUACAAGUGCCACUGGAGAGAAGGCAGGCGGAGCGGCUACGGGAUCUGCGAGUAUGGCAACGAGGUGGUCUACAAAGGAUAUUUCAAGGAGGACCUGCGCCACGGCUUUGGCAUCCUGGACAGCACUUCCUCCAAAGAGCAUCCUUCUAGGUACACCGGACACUGGGAGAACGACAGGAAGAGCGGCUACGGCGUUUGGGAUGACAAGGAGAGAGGGGAGAGGUACAUCGGGAUGUGGCACGAGGACCAGCGACAUGGGGCAGGCAUCGUGGUCAUGCAGUCCGGCGUGUGCUACCAGAGGACGUUCCACAUGGAUAAGAUGGUGCGGUCUGGAAUCCUUCUCCUAGAAGAUGAUUCUGUCUACGAGGGAAACUUCACGAGAGACCUGACUUUUGUCGGAAAGGGAAAACUGACGGCCAACAAAUUCACCCUGGAGGGCACCUUCAGCCACAGAUCCAGUCACGGGAUGCACGCUCAAGGGAUCCUGAACACGUCCGAAGAGCAGCUCGGGGGCACCGUCACCAAACUACAGCUCGGCCAGGUGGCGUUCCCAGUGGAGCAGAGGUGGGAAGGGCUCCUCAGCCCGUUCCUGGAGUUCAUCCGUUCGGGGGCGCAAGGAGAAAUGGAGGAGUUUUUCAUGGGGUUCCACGUGCAGACAAGCAGAGAGCUGCGGAAGUCGCAGGAAUAUCUCUUCUGCCACAGAGGACCAGAGGAGGCUGCGCGGAAGGUCGACAUCCUUGAAGAGCUCAGGGAACCCCGGGAGCAGGAAGUCCUGCGAUGCUACUUGGAGCAGGCACUGAAGUCUUCCUUGCACCCUUUGGGGAAAUUACUGACAGCGCUGACAUUGGCAUUCCAGGCCACCUACUCUGGGAUUGGCGCAAACAAGCAUCUUCUGUCCAUGGCUCAGGAGGAGGUCAAGCAUUAUGCAGAGAAAAUAUGGGAAUUCUACCAGUGUUUGCUGAACCUUGCCUGGGAGGUCAAAGGACAAACACCCCCUGAAGCCCUGAAAGAAAGCGACCUCAGUGGACCCGGCCUCAUCCUGCCGCUCAUUCUUCCGUAUUUUUAUCCGGAGCUCCUGAUGCUGUACAUGCUGCACCAUGAGAAAGAGGAUGAGCUCUACUGCCAGGGGAUUGUCAACCUGAGUCUUUUUCCGGACGUUAAGCUGCUGGAGUUCCUGGACGUCCAGAGACACUUCUGGCCCCUGAAAGAUGUCACAUUAUCAAAUAGCCGGAGACACUGCCUUAGCAAGAACCGCUGCUUCCAUUCUGCAACCGAAUGUCUACAGAAGUUGAUAACGACCGUCGACCCGCGGGAAAAACUGGACAUUCUCCAGCAGACGUUCGAGGAGGUUGAGCGGACGAUCCAUCGGGUGCUGGGGAAGGAGCACAGCCUGUCCAUGGAUGAGCUCCUGCCGUUGCUGGUGUACGUCGUGAUACGGGCAAGCAUACAGCAUCUGGGAGCAGAAAUCCACCUCAUCAGAGACCUGAUGGACCCAGCAAAUAAAGGCGGCUUGCAUGAUUUCCUGCUGACUACGCUGGAGUCCUGCUACGAGUUUAUCCAGAAAGAAACCAGACUGCACCCAAGCUGGCAAAUGUUACACGACUCCUGAAAGCAGCACAGCAGAAGGCACCGACUUUGCACUGUUCAAGCAACCGUUGCACUGAGGCGUCUGUUACCGCCGCGGAGAAGGGAGGGACUCGGCAUGGUCGCCGUCGCAGGGUGUUUCUGGUGUGGCUGUUUGCCUUUCCUAUGGGAACCAUGUUUGGUUUGCUAGCCCACAAUAUCCUAGAAACAGAAACAGAGCGAGUUGGAAGGGGUCUCCUGGGUCAUCUAGUCUGACCCCCGGCUCCAGCCGGCUCCGCUCACGGCAGGCCCACCUUGAAACUCCAGAGCCUCAGAAAGUGGCGGAACGCGUAUGUGGAUGCCAGGAGGUUGAUCUGGCCCUGUAUUCCACAGCCCAUUUUCUGUGUCUCAGCCUUAUGGGAAGAGCUGGGAACAGAGGAUUUAACCCUUUUUGGUGACUGGAAGCUAAUCUUGGUCCUUCGGGAGCAGAGGUUUUUGUAAAUGCCACUGAAACUGGGCAUUUGCCACCUUUAGCCAUCUUUCGGUCAACAUAAGUUGGAACUAAUAAUUUUAUCCUCUUAGGGGCACAAUCCUUUGGCCUCCUGACGUUGGCUAGGAAACCAUAGUUUUGAAGUCCUUAAAUCAGUCUAUUUCUCUCUCCCCACUAUUAUUUUUCUUGAUGUUUGGAGCUUUGUGGAGUGGCUAACACCAUACUUUUAGAAUGAGCUGCUACUGGAAUAUUUUGAUUUGCAUCUAUAUUUUGGCAAACCUAUGUCCAAAGGGAGGCUGAAAACCAAGCAGUUUGGCCUGCUGUUAAUCUGAACUCAUGGUGAACUGUCCUCCUUUCACUCCCACCCCACAUGAAACCCCAAUCUAGCCAGCACUUAUCCAUCCUCCAACAUCAAAUUUCCAUGGGAAGGUGGUCCUUCAGCUGGCAGUCUCUCCAUCGCUCACAAUCCCAAGGAACGCACACCACAAUAGAAGAGGGAAAUGAUUGCUUUAAUCCGGAGUUUAAAAGGAGUUUCUAACGUAACAUACAAUCUACUAAACAAGGACUCAAGGAAAAAAUUCCUUUCCAUGGGCUGAGUAUUUAAAGCUGCUUAUACCCCAUUCUUGCCUCGAUGACCCCUCCACUCAUUUCAAGGGCAGGCCCUUUGUGGAUUCUUUCUGACAGAUCGGCAUCCAAGCCUUCGCUGAAAAUGCAGCCCAAAAUGUAGCAUUGGAGAAAGAACCUGCUGCAGUUGUAUGGGGAAUUGACAUUUUUAUUUUCAACUUGCCCCAACCUUGCUUUUUAAGAUCUCCAUCUCCGAAAAGAAGAUGCAGGAUUGUAAGUAUAUGCUUGCAGGCAAUGGAACUCUUCAUAUUCUGGGAUGGAACUACAGGAUUUGGAGCUGGGACACUGAAUAACCCUGUGUCCUCAACGGACCCCAAAUUCUACAUCAAAGCAGGGACUGGCUAAGUCCUGUCUGAGCUAAGACUGUCAGCUACCUUUUCAAGUGUUGGCUCCUCGGAGUCUUGAUUGCAUAAAACAGGGGUUGCUUUAGAAACAAUUGAAACGAACACUAUUUUUUUCUGAAUGACAUUGUCAAUGUCCGCAUUUUUUUAGAAUUAACAAAACAAUUGGUAUUUAUGGGCUUUUUAAAUAAGCAGAGGCUGCCUUAUUUAUGGUACAAAUACACUGGGUAAAGUAUUUAAUAUGUCGAGAUUGUUUAAAAUGAUUUUGUAUUAAAGUAUAUCUUGUUGCAGUGUUCUGAAGAUGGGCGAUUUCGUAUGCCAUAAAUAAAUGAACCUGCCUUAACU